AUAAUAUACCCUUCAGUUUGGAACACCUCUAGGGUUCCCGCUUUACCAAGGUUCGUAUAAAUAAAAUUCUGGGUGGUAUUCCCAUUGUUCGGGGUGAAUCUCUUAAAGUUAAAAGGAUAUGGAUACAUCAAACCCUGCAGUUCUCGUCAACGCAGAGUUGUUGCGCAUGUAUGUAGGAAGGAAGGUUCGGACAGUGGUUCAAGUUAUUCAAUCUGAUGGUGAAAUCACGACAGGAAAAUCUACAGACGAACGUCAAUUGAUUAUAAAAGGACUGCCGGAUGUCUCUCCUAUGAGUCAUGUUGAGGUGAUUGGUAUUGCUGAGAGUGAACAGUCCAUUCGUGCUGAAAUAUGGACCAACUUUGGCCACACAUUUGACACCCAAUCGUACAAUCAGCUAUGCCAACUUGCAAACGGGGAGUUUAUAGGUUUAUUUAUGUAGCUGAGGCAUCCUUCAGCUAAAACAGAUGGGAAUGUUUAGCGUUUCAAGAUUGACAAAAAGACUACCAAGAUAUAUGCUUAUGGGUGCGAAUACUCUCAAGAACAUAGGUUCAGAUCUUGUAUCCUACUAAUCUAGUGUAACUGUUUUACCAGUCUCUAUUUACUAUAUUUCAGCAACCUCCUAGUCCUACUAUGAAAAGUGUUUGAUUCUAGAACAAAAUCAUCUGAUUGAAAAUUGAAGAAAGUACUUGGAAAUGA